AUGCCACCUGCUGGAACUCAGCCACUUAAGCCUCCGGCGCCAUCCGCUGCUUCGAAAGAAGCCAACGAAUAUAUCCCGUCUUUCAUCUCCAAAAAGCCAUUCUACAUUGGGGAAGAUGACCAGAACGAUUAUCUCGAACACCAGCGGCUACAGAAGGCGCAAUCCGACCAGUCAAAGUGGUAUGAUAGAGGCAAGAAGCUAGGCCCUGCGGCGACGAAGUUCAGAAAGGGUGCAUGCGAGAACUGCGGGUCUAUAACACAUAAAACGAAGGAGUGCCUCAGUCGGCCAAGGGCGAAAGGCGCAAAGUGGACAGGGCUCGACAUCCAAGCCGAUGAAGUUAUACAAGAUGUCAAUCUGGGUUGGGAUGCAAAGCGAGAUCGUUGGAAUGGAUAUGACUCGAAGGAGUAUAAGACGGUUAUCGAGGAAUAUGCCCAGUUGGAAGAGUUGAGGACGAAGUCCGCGGCAAAUGAAGCAGCAGACGAAGGAGAAACUGGAGCUGAUGGCGGCGCAAAGUACGCGGAGGAAUCCGACAUGGGAAGGCAUCAAAGCACAUCGACGAGACAGUUACGCAUUCGAGAGGAUACCGCAAAAUAUUUAUUGAACCUCGACUUAGACUCAGCGAAAUAUGACCCUAAGACAAGGUCCAUGGUGGAUAGUGGAGCAACAGCAGAUACUGCCGCUGCACUGGUGGCAGAGGAAGGGUUUAUGAGAUCAUCCGGCGACGCUGCGGAGUUUGAGAAGGCACAGAAAUACGCGUGGGAGUCUCAAGAAAAGGCUGGCGAUACAAAUCAGCAUCUCCAAGCAAACCCCACCUCUGGCGAAUAUUAUAGGAGAAAGGAGCGUGAAGAGGCUGAGAAGAAGCGAUUACUGCAAAAGAAGAUGCUGGAGGAAAAGUACGGUGCUUCAGGAAGCACUGUACCCGAAGGCCUUCGCGACACUGCUAUUAUCGAGUCCGAAAGAUUUGUUGAGUAUGACGAAACCGGCGCGCUCAAAGGGGCACCGAAAGCAGUGGCAAAAUCAAAAUAUGCGGAAGAUGUUUUAAUUAAUAACCACGCUGCUGUAUGGGUCAAGAAUAGUUACUGCACAGGCGAAGCAGGGAAGGCGGCGUUCAACGAAGCAGACCAUCUUCGUACUGGCGGGGCUCUUCAAAGAGAAGAUGCGCCCUUGCAAAUAACCAGCCGGCAGGGACGCGCUGAGUCGGAAGCGGAAGCAUCAGCCAACAAGGGCUCAGCAAGCCAAGAUGCUGCGAAGAAGCGCACAUUGGAAGAGAUGAAAGGCGAUUUGACAGAAGAGGAUAUGGACGAGUAUCGGCGGAAACGGCAAGCUCCAAAUGACCCCAUGGCUCACCUACUAGGCAAGGAUAAGCUUUUGUAA